CCGGGUCGCAUGGGAAAUUACCGGAUAGCAUUUUUCACCUUCCAAACUUGCAAAUUCUCUUUUUAGGAGGCAACCAUGAUCUCACUGGUAAUUUACCCAAAGUAAAUUGGAGUAGUAGUAGUUCCCUCGAGACGUUGUAUCUCGGGUCUUCGAGUUUUUCUGGAGAAUUACCUGAUUCAAUUGGCUAUCUCAAGUCUUUGAAUUACUUGGAUCUCAGCGAUUGCAAAUUCUCCGGGUCCAUUCCUGAAUCACUCGGGAACCUUACACAGAUCAAUUAUAUAUCCUUCUGGGAAAAUAGUUUCAACGGUCAGAUCCCAUUUACUCUCUCAAAUCUUAAUCAGCUCAUUUCCUUGGAUCUUUCUAGAAAUAAUCUCCAUGGAAAAAUUCCUAAUUUUAUCAGUAAGCUGAUAAAGCUGGAGUUUUUAGGACUUGGAGAUAACAAUUUUAAUGGUCCAUUUCCAUGUGGGGUAGCCAACCUGACAAAACUUAGUAUUUUAGAUAUAUCAAGUAGUGCAGUGAUGGGUCCCAUUCCCUCCAUCAUGAGUGGGCUACACAACCUACAAGCACUUCACUUGCACAAUAACUCACUGAAUGGGACACUACCAUCUUGGUUGUUGAAUCUUCCAUCAUUGACAGAAUUAGACCUGGGUAGUAAUCGACUAACUGGCCAAAUUCCUGAGUUCCAGCAUAAAUCAAAAUUGAUGUACAUUGACUUGAGUCAUAAUGAACUACAUGGCCCCAUUCCACAAUCAAUUUCAAAUCUUGUGAAUUUGACCGAACUUGUUCUUUCGUCAAAUAAUUUUAGUGGUGUUGUGGAGCUAGAAACAUUCUUAAAUCUAAAAAAUCUUGAUAGUCUUGAUCUGUCAUACAAUAUUCUGUCAGUGAGCACCAUCAACAAUAUCAACAAUACCUUGCCUAAUCUUAGGUUCUUCCAUAUGACUUCUUGCAAGAUAAAGGAAUUCCCUGAUUUCUUUAAAGCCUUAGAGAAUGUCGAACAACUAGACAUUUCCAACAAUGAAAUUCGUGGGAAGAUUCCAAGAUGGGUUGGCGUCAUCGGGAAGGCUUCAUUGCGGUACUUGAAUCUUUCCCACAACUUUCUAACAGGUAUAAACCAAUUUCCUUGGAAGAAUCUUCACGCUCUUGAUCUUCGUUCCAACUUGAUUCAUGGACAACUUCCAGCUCCACCACUCUCUGUAUCUUACUUCCUCUUCUCACAAAAUAAGCUUACAGGAGAAAUUCCUUCUUCAAUUUGCAAUGUGAGUUCCCUUUCCAUCCUUGACUUGUCUCACAACAACUUGAGUGGUGCAAUUCCACAAUGUUUGGGAUACUUCAGCAACGUUCUAUUUGUACUAGAUCUGCAGUUCAAUGCCUUUCAGGGGAACAUCCCCAUGAUAUUUGGAAAGGGUAAUCAGUUGGAAAUUCUUAAUUUGAAUGGAAAUCAGUUUGAAGGACCAGUUCCGCAAUCCUUAACCAAUUGUAGACAGUUAAAAGUUCUAGACCUCGGAAACAACAAGAUAAAUGACACUUUUCCAUACUGGUUGAGGACACUUCCAGAGUUACGGGUUCUUGUCUUGCGAUCCAACAAAUUUCAUGGUCCAAUAGACAAUUCCAAGCCAAACCCCUCUUUUCCCAAACUCCGAAUUGUUGACCUCUCCCACAAUAAGUUCACUGGUCAUUUGCCAGAGAGAUAUUUCAAUUUUUUCAAAAAUAUGAGGAAUAAAACUAUGCCAAAUGAAAAAUAUUUGAGUGUUCACUCGUAUUAUCAAGAUUCUGUUACGGUGACGAUGAAGGGGUUUGAUAUUUACUUAACGAGAAUUUUGAUUGUCUUCACAGCAAUUGAUUUAUCAUCUAACAAAUUUAGUGGAGAUAUUCCAAAUGUGAUCGGAAGGCUUAAUUCUCUCAUAGUGCUUAAUUUAUCUCAUAAUAGCCUUACGGGCCGUAUUCCAUCAUCUUUAGGAGACUUGACAGAGCUUGAAUCACUGGACCUCUCUUCAAACCAGCUUAUUGGGAAAAUUCCUAACCAAUUAAAGUGUUUGACAUUUCUUGAGGUCUUUAACCUUUCAUGGAACCAUCUCGAUGGACCCAUACCGCAAGGUGAACAAUUUGAUACAUUUGGAAAUGAUUCAUAUGUUGGGAACUCCGGAUUAUGUGGGUUUCCAUUGUCAAAGGAAUGUAAAGAUAAUCAAUCACAAGUUCAGCCAGGGGUGCUAUUACAACAGGAAGAUGACUCGAAUUUUGUAAGUGGAUUUACUUGGGAAGCCGUGGUGAUGGGGUAUGGCUGUGGACUGCCAUUGGGAUUGGCUAUUGGAUUUCUCAUGUUCUUAACUGGAAAACCAAAAUUGUUUGUAAGAAUUGUUGAAGGGAAAAAGCAUAAAAAGCUGAAAAUGUUGAGACAAGGUGGUAGAAGAAAUUAGCAAACAUGGAUUAUGCUUUCAGGUUAAGAGAGAAGACCAUUAUUGCUACUGUAACUUAUGAUAAUGUUGGAAUAAUGAAGUGAGGGUUAAGGUAGACAUUGACAAAGUUUGGGCUAAUAUUUGAUAAUAUUGUUGUAUAAGUAGAUUGAGUAGCUGUGAUGUGGUACUAUUUGCGAUUUUGGCUAGGUUAUGUACCCUGUUCUACUAUGUUUUAUGCUUAUUUUAUUGAUUUUUUUUCUUUUUAUCAUUAGACAUAGAGAGAGUGGAUUCAUUCAUAUCCACUUACAAAGAAAAGCAUGCGGGAGUGUUAUUAUUUAAAUUAAUAUUACUCACUACUUAUGAUCUACUCUCC